AUGACCACCUUAGCCAAAAUCGCCGAGAUUGAGGCGGAGAUAGCUCGGACCCAAAAGAACAAAGCCACCAAUUUUCACAUUGGACUGCUAAAAGCGAAGUUAGCCAAACUCCGUCAACAACUCGUGAGUAUUUCACCACCUAAUCCUCCACCCGAAUUCACACUACAUUCUCUACGUACAUAG